UGUACACAGGGCUUGUUAAGAAGUGAGAAAGAAACCACUAGAUUCUCUGCUAGACUUGAUGAUACUAAAGAGGACAUGGACAAAGCUGUGACAGGUGUCAUCCUCCUGGGAGUCAUCUCAGGUUUGACUAAGGGAGCUGGUGUGCUACCAGACGGUCCUCUGAUUGCAACUGAGGGAGGGACAGUGAUGUUCACCACAGUGUCUCCACCACCAGGGCCAUUCACAGGAAUUAUCUGGAAAUUUGGAACCAAACAAAUUAUCAAUUCAAAUCUUCUUGCAAACACAACUUCUCCAGAUUAUGAGGGAAGAAUCACCAUCUUCCCUGAUACUGGAUCUCUGGAACUCAGGAAUCUAUCUCUCAAUGACAGUGGAGAAUACUCCGUAACGAUUACAACAGCAUCUGAGGUGUUUUCUGGGACAACAACACUGGAAGUUUACGAGCGCAUCGAUGGAGUCACAGCAAACGCAAACAACACAGACUUGUUGGAGUCCAGCUCUGUCCGUCUCUCCUGCUCUGUCUCCUCUGGAUCAUCCCUUACUUUCCUCUGGAGGAACGGCAGCUCUGAGGUCACAGCUGGUGACAGAGUUCAGCUCAGUGAUGAAGGCGCCACUCUCACUAUAACCAACGUGACCCGCUAUGACCAGGGAACAUACACGUGUCAUGUGUCCAAUCCUGCAAGUACUGGAGCCAGUAAUGAAGUCAAACUGUCUGUCAGCUAUGGUCCAGAAAAUACCAAACUGACGCUCAUUCCUUCAAAAGAUCACUAUGAUGAAGGAGCAGACAUCACCAUGUCCUGCUCAGCUGACUCCAGACCUGAAGCUCAGUUUGAAUGGUAUCAAUAUGGAAACAAGCUGCCUGAUACUGGAUCAGAGCUCAACCUGACAAAUAUCCAGACUGGAGACAGUGGAGAGUACAGCUGUCGGGCCUUCAACACCAAAACUCUGAAGUCUGAGACAUCGCUGCCAUCAUCUGUGUCCGUGAUAGAGAGAGCAGAUGGAGGUCUUUCAGCUGGUGCAAUUGCUGGAAUAGUAAUCGCAUGUUUGAUUGUUGUUACUGCUGCAGCUGCUGGAGGAUACAUUUUAUAUAAAAAGAAUGGUGGCAAACCUCAGCCAAAUGGGACAGACCUACAUAUCUAUGAGAACGAUCAUCCAGUGUAUGAGAAUGUAAAACCUAAGCAACCUCGUAAAAACUGAUGUCUGUACUUUAAGGGAAAGCAACAAGAGGAGUGUCCCCCCACAGGAAUAACUCAAAUGGUAUUAUUUAACUGCUCAGUUUGGGACUUUUAAUCAGUUGUUUCUAUUUGGUACUACAGUUGAUUGGAAUAUUGAAAUAUUUCUGAAGAAAAGAAAGUGUUUCACCAUUCAGACUUUUCUAUUUUACCUCUAAAUUAAAUUAAAAGCUUUAAAUUGGCAAGUCAUUACACAGAAAAAAUGAGACAGCAAAGGAUUUUCAUAAUCUGAAUGGUAUGUCACAUUAAAGGGAUACUUCGAUAGUUUUUGAAGUUGGGUUGUAUAAUGACCUUGGUGAUAGCAGUGUGGUGAAUGCACUUGAGCUUGUAUAGCGCUUUCUAGACAUUCGUACACUGAUGGCAAAGGUUGCUAUGGAUAAUCGGCCAUCAGUAUUAGCUAAUCCCAUUCAAACUCAUCCAUACCCAUUUACAUGCCACUGGCAGAGCAGUGGGAGCACGUUGGGGUUAGGUGUCUUGCCCAAGGACACAUCAAACAAGAAGUAGCUCAUCUAAAGCUAGUGAUUUCAGCAAAGUAAAGUAAUCCUAUUACACUGACUGUAGUCAUUAGAAGAAUAAAGAAUUGAAGAAGGUCCAUAAAACACCAGCAUUCAGUAGGGCAGGGAACUCUAGAUGGGGUGUGAUGCAGGCUUCAAGCUGUGAGCUGCUAUCCCCCAUCAGAGAAGUCCUACUCACGACAGUAGUAGCUCCCAGGACAUGGGCUUACAGCAGAGAAACUGUACCCAGCUGCUACACUGUAUAGCCGAGCUUCUCCAAGCACAUCCUGUCCGAAGGGGUAUAGCACACUGAAAUCCCUGGGGGCUAUAAUGGCAUUACUAUUGCCAAGUACCUCAUACAACCUUACUUCAAAAAUACCAAAAUAUCCCUUUAAGCUGUGUUUAAUUGAAACAGAAGCAAUUGUGCUCUUCAAGCCACCUGAUUGAACACAUGCAAUACCUUCCGUUUUACACAAGGAUAUAAGGGAAAAACCAAUUUAAAUGAGGUAAAAAGUGUUGAUGAAGUUUAUGGUGUAAAUAUUCUUAUAAAGCUUUUUACAGUAAGCAUGGAUAGUAGUUUGGAUAUUUUGAUAUUUAUUCUGUGAUUCAAGCUGCUAUCCUCAUGAACGAGGUUCAUUAGCAUCAGUAAUACCAUUUUUUGUCCUUUUCCCCCACAACGAUGACGUUUUGAUUUCUUUCUGAUUUCCAUUUGACCUGUAUAUGUGAACGACAUAUCACACUAUGGCUUUUUUGAUUAUUUCAUGUUUUAGAGUUUAGUCAAAGAGCCAAAACCCUUGGUGUGCUGAUCGAGGACACAUUUUGUAUUGUAAAAUGUAGACAUUAUUUGCAAAUAAAAUUGACCAUGUGA